CCCAACCUCGGUCCCCAGGGCACACUAAUAGUGUAUGUUUCAGUGAUAUGCAUGCUUGAGCACAGGUGGCUAAUUAGUACCUCAGUUAUUUGGAUUUAACCAUCUGAGCUGAAGCCUGGAUAUCACUAAAACCUGCACUGUAAAGGCCCCUACACACGGUACAAUUUUUUUAAACAAUAUUGCCGCUUGCGACCGGUUGGAACGACAAAUCGUUUAAAAACUGUCCGUGUGUAGGCAUGAUAAUGAUGCGAUGAACACGCAGAAAGCUCUGAGGAGGUGGAGAACGAUGCUGCAUUCCAUGUUUUCAAAAUGGAGACUGUUAUAUAGUACCGGAACCAAGGUACAAGAUAAGUUGAGAAGCGCUAUGUUGGUGUCUGGCCUAAGACGAUAUUCUACUAGACUGUCCCGCACAGUGGUGCAGACAUGGGUUGCCGUGACACCCAGGCUUUCACUUCGUCAUAACUCUUCAUUCAAAAUACACCCCAAUGUGGGCGAGGCGUUGGCAGAGAGAAGACCUGUUGUGGCUCUGGAGAGCACAAUUAUUACACACGGCAUGCCAUAUCCGGAAAACAUCAGCAUGGCUAAUGAAGUGGAAGAAAUCGUUCGGAUUAAUGGGUCAGUACCAGCGACAGUCGGCAUCCUAAAGGGCAAAAUUCAUAUCGGCCUCUCUGAAGAAGAAUUGAAGAUCCUGGCGACUAGCAGAGACUGCGUCAAGGUGUCACGGAGGGACCUGCCCUACGUCCUCAGCCAGGGACUCUCCGGAGGCAGUACAGUGUCUGGGACGAUGAUAGCCGCCCAUCAUGCUGGGAUCCCCGUGUUUGUGACGGGAGGGAUCGGAGGAGUACAUCGCGAAGGAGAGAACACUAUGGAUAUAAGUGCAGACUUGACUGAACUUGGAAGGACUCCGGUAGCUGUUAUAUCAGCUGGGAUAAAAUCCAUCCUGGACAUUGGCCGGACCCUUGAGUAUCUGGAGACGGAAGGGGUCUGUGUAGCCACGUUUGGUGAUUCCAGCAACUUCCCAGCUUUCUUCACCCCACAUAGCGGUUUUCGGGCCCCGUGCCAUGUCCGAAAUGAAGAGGAGGCUGCACAACUUAUUGCCAGUUCUCUGGACCUCAGAUUGGGCAGCGGGGUCCUCAUUGCUGUUCCCAUCCCACCAGAGCAUGCUGCUUCUGGGCAGAUGAUAGAGGAAGCUGUUCAGCAAGCUUUAAAGGAGGCCAGGAUACAAGGGAUUGUGGGUAAGGCGGUGACUCCAUUUCUGCUGCGCCGAGUGAACGAGCUGACUGGAGGGAAAUCCCUGGCUUCUAAUAUUGCGCUGAUAAAGAAUAAUGCGGCAGUCGGAAGCCGCAUAGCUGCGGCUCUCAGCAAGCUCCAAUACCCUAGAGAUGGCGUCAGAAAAGUAUAUUGUCACGGCGAGAGUGGGGAGGAGGCAAACCCUGAUUCCAGGCCGGUUGUUAUUGGAGGCAUCAAUGUGGACUUCAUAGCAAAGGCUUCUAAGGACAAAUUGGAGUUUGGAGAACAGACCAAUCCUGGGCAAGUGCACCAGUCGUUUGGAGGUGUGGGGAGGAACCUGGCAGACUGUAUGAGCCGCCUGGGAGCGAGGCCUCUCUUUAUCUCCGCCAUUGGGCAAGAUGACCUCUCACACUCCGUCCUCCAAUUCUGCUCCCACAUGGACAUGCGAGGGGUGGCGCGUCUCAAGAGCCACAAUACCGCCACCUACUGCGCUGUGAUCACCGGCAGUGGGGAGCUGAGCCUGGGGCUGGGAGACAUGGAGAUACACAAUCAGAUAACAGAGAGCCAUGUGUCUCAGUUUGCAGACAGUCUCCGCAGGGCGAGACUGCUGUGCAUAGACGGGAAUGUGUCAGUGUCUACCAUCCAGUACGUGUGUGGGAUCGCCCAGGAGCACUCUGUGCCAGUUUGUUACGAACCCACAGAUAUAAACAAAGCCUCUAAACCCUUCACGUCACACAGCUGGGCGGCUCUGAGGUACAUCUCCCCAAACAUAAGGGAACUUGUAUCCAUCAACAGGACCUUAGGCUAUGCUGUGGACUUUGGUAAGUUACACCUGUACCGCUGUCACUGUUUCCCUGCCUCAGAUGUCCCGCCGUGUGAUCUGGAUGUCAUCGUGGAAACGGCCAUCGGCCUCUCGUUGCCCCUUCUGGAGAACCUGCACUGUGUUAUAGUGACUCUGGGGGCUCACGGCGUCCUGCUGUGUGGUCACAGCUGUGAGGGAACCCUAUCCCUACACCUGACAGACAAGGUGCCCGGAGGUGACCUCUGUGCUGUACAUUAUCCAGCGGCCCCCAUAUCACCAGAGGAGAUUAUCAAUGUGUCUGGAGCAGGUGACAGUCUCAUGGCCGGCCUCCUCUCGGGGGUACUAGCCCAACUGGACACUGACACCUGCGUCCGGAUGGGUCUCCUGGCGGCUCGCCUCACCCUCCGCUCCCCUUGUCCCAUCUCCCAGCUCAUCUCUACCAGCAGCGUCAGUGUGCAGCAGGUGGCAGAGGAGGAAUGGCCUGCACCCCGAGUCUGGAACAUCUCCCCGCCUACUGGCAAGUCCUUCCUCAGGACCAGCCACUGAGAGGAGUCUGAGAGAGAGGUGCACGUCCUGACUGAGCCAGCGUUGUGAGGAGGGACUGUCUGACGCUGUGGAGCCCCAGGGUGGAAAUAUCUGACGCUACAGUCACUUUGCAGCAAUUCCCAGCUCAUAUCUUUGGAGCUGCAUUGACAUUGCAGAGAUCCAGGGUUGGAAUAAAUGGAGCUACCUAGAUAUACAGUGUUCUGGAGCUCACCUGGCAUUCGGGAAGUUGUCACUAUGUAAAAGGAAGAAUGCCGACAACAUAAUGCCGACACAGUUCUAAUGUUAUUUCAAGUAUAUUAACCAUGUCCACAUUAUAACUUAAUUAUACUGCUAAUAAUAAUAAUAAUUAUUAUUAUUAUUAAUAACUUUAUAUUAUACAUGAAGAUGAUUAUUAAUAUCUUUUACUUAUAUGGCGUCACAAGGGUUCCGCAGGUCAGCAAGAAGUAAUGAUUUAUUAAGUUUAUUGAUUCCCAUUAAAAUUUUUAUAUUUUCAAGGUUUCACAACAACUGUUUAAAGAUUUGGAAAAGGGUCAAAAUGUGAACGAGACACUGAUUGGAUCUCCCUCACUCCGUGACCCGUCUCUCUUCCACCAGGUGGAGCCACAAACAGGUUCUAUAUUGAGCACAGGCUCCUGGCGCGUUUUCAAUUAAAAAUAUUACAAUUUGUAACAUUA